UAAAUUAUGAUUUAGUAAAUGUUUGUAUUUUACAAGUUUAUACGCAGUUUCUCGUCUGAUUUUACAAGUAUGUAUGGAUGAACAGUUGUAGACUGUAUAGGAGUAAUUAUCUUGCUUCUGACUGGAUAUAAAAAGCGGACAUCCAGCAGUGACGCUGUACGAGACAUCAGUAUGUGUAGUACGAUUGACAGCAGCUUUCUACAAGGUUCUGGGACCGACUCCAUGGAUUUUACCCCGAGACGCGGGGUCAGCUCGUUUUCCGGUCCGCAUGAGGACUCUAGUUCCAGCAGUAACGACGCAGCAGCGUCGAAGAAAUUCAAACGCAGCAAGGAGGACAAGAUGUGCCUUGUUUGCGGAGAUAAGGCGCUGGGGUACAACUUUAACGCCAUUACUUGUGAAUCUUGUAAAGCCUUCUUCAGAAGAAAUGCCCUAAAAUCAGAUCAGCCAAAAUGUCUUUUUCAAAAUGACUGCCUGAUUGACGUGCGUACGCGACGAUUCUGUCCCCACUGUCGACUGCGGAGAUGUUUUGAGGUCGGGAUGAAGAAGGAGAUGAUUCUAGAUGAAACAGAAAGAAAAGCCAGAAUGCAGAAGGUGGCCAUGAACAGACAAAUGAAACAGAAACCAUCACAAGUAGGGGAAGUAAUCGUUAAGAACGAGCCCAGCAGUAUCGAGAGUGAGGCCACAAGUUCCAUGCCAGAUACGCAGAGUAUCGGAGAUGACAGGAGCGCUGCAGGGUAUCCAACCAUGGCCUUCGGGAGCUCCACACCGUUAACUUUACCAAUGCUGUCUGCAGAUUCCGUGCCCAAAGAUCCAAGAAUGUAUCGUGUGUUAAGUCCAGAAGAGAAAACGCAAGUGGAGGAAUUAUCUGUGGCAUAUUUAGAAACUCUAGGGGGAUACGCGAACGAAACCCACGUCAACAAAGAAGAAAGCUACUCCAACGCUGACGAAUUGGUCAACAAUUCGGAAAUCGCAGUGCGCAGACUAAUCAAAUUUGUGAAAAAAAUUGCUCAAUUCAGAGGCAUGAGCCAAGAGAAUCAAGUGGCCUGCCUUAAAUCGUGUGUCCUGAACGCCUUGCUGUUACGAUCAGUUAAUUUUUACGACGCCGAAAACGACGCCUGGAAAACCCCCACGGGGAGCAUUCCCACCAGUGUGUUGAAGCAUGCGACAGGGUUUAACGAUCUCCACGAUGCUCACACGUCGUAUUGUGCGGGGCUGAAGAAACUGACGAGGGACGACAGCAAUAUCAUGGCUCUGAUACAAACAAUUACCGUCUUUAAUCCCGACGGACAGAACCUAGAAAACAGGCAGGUUAUAUCCGACAUUCAGGAGCACUUUAUUUUGCUUCUUCGACACUAUCUCGAGUCCGAUGUCUCUUUCAUGCACUCUCAGGUGUUUUUCUCAAACAUUUUACAGAAGAUAUCGGAACUUAAGGGUCUAGGGGAAGAUCACGCCAGAAUUUUGUUACAAAUCAACUCCAACAAAAUUGAGCCCCUCAUGUUAGAGGUUUUAAACCUUCAGUAAAGCUUGUAAAAAUUUGUGUUGCUAAUUAAGGAAAAGAUAAUUUUUACCAAGAUAUUUAACAGAGCAUUCCAAUAUAGGAUUAAAAAUGGCAGCUUGUGAGUUUUAUAUAAGGGAUAUCUUUAUGUAUCCAGAAUUUCUCAUGAUUUAAUACAUAUACUGAUGACAUAAUUACACAUACAACCCUUAUUUCAGUGUGUAAAGUGUUUACUAGACAAAGCGAGACAUGUUUUUAACUUAAGAA